GGACAGGUUGUCACUCAGUACCUUAUGCUUCCCUGCCUGCCUUGGAAUUGAUUUUUCGCUCACCUCUCGCUCAACCCAUCAACUCUCCGUACACCAUGGCCUUCGCUGGAAAGUGGGAAACUGAGACCCAGGAGGGAUACGAAGAAUUCUGCAAGCUCGUUGGCAUCCCUGAUGACAUCAUUGAGAAGGGUCGCGACUACAAACUCAUCACCGAGGUGGUGCAGAACGGCAAUGAGUUCUCAUGGACCCAGCUCUAUCCCACAAACAAGAGCGUCACCAACAAGUUUGUGAUUGACCAGGAAUGUGACAUGGAGACCAUCGGUGGGAAAAAGUUCAAGGCCACUGUUACAAUGGAGGGGGGCAAGCUGAGCACGAAAUUCCCCAAAUACCACCACACAUCUGAAAUCAGUGGGGGAAAACUGAUUGAGACCUCUACAGUGGGCUCGGUCGUGUUGAAAAGAACCAGCAAGAAGAUCUAAAGAUAUUGUGUCGGUGUUAUUAACGACAACUCUAAUUGAAUAAUGAGUCAAUAAACGGAGACUGCACUGGC